AGCUUACAACAAGAGAAUAGCCUCCAGGAAUCUGUUCUUGUCCAUCGUUAUCUCCCCUCUCGGAAUCAUUCACGCGCACCAGCUCCAAACCCACAGCUCAAUAAAACUCGAGUCUUCGUGAUGGCUGAUCCAACGUCUGCACAAGAACUGGAAGACGUUAAGGACCUUGCGGCCAGAGAAGCAGAGGCGAAAGCGAAGCUCGAAAAGCUAUUAGCCCAUAGACCGGAAAAGACGGAACUUGUCGAGAAGAACGUUUUGAAGCCUGGGAACUUGGAUCCAUCAUUGCAGGCAACGCAAAUUGAGUUGGCCAAAAAUCAGUUGGAAGACAAACUCAACGUAGCGCUCUCUCAUCGACCCAAGCCGGAUGAACUAGUGAAAGAGGGAAUUCUGAAUGAGGAUGAAGCACCUGCGAUAAAACACGAGUAGCUUUACAUAUAAAGCAAUAAGGUAAAUAUAGUCAGCCUUGAUGGUCAAGUCCAAUGAUCCACAAGUCUUCGUCACUUUCUAUAGAGGACGAUCGAUGAAGUGAUGACAGGUGACACCUGGAUUGAUAUCAUGGCAAAUUAUGCGCAAGUAUGCUCUUCAUAGGAUACAAGCAAGAAGUCACAAAAGCCGUUGUAUCCACCCUUCACAUUAAUUCGUUGCUAGCGCCUCUUUUUACUACCUUGUUGCAGAUAGUUAAGUCUUUUGCAUGUCAAUGAACCAGGUGUUGGAUUGAUUCUGAUCA